AUGGCCCGGAGACCCCGGCACAGCAUAUACAGUAGUGACGAGGACGAUGAAGACUUUGAGAUGUGUGACCAUGACUAUGACGGGCUGCUCCCCAAGUCUGGAAAGCGUCACUUGGGGAAAACUAGGUGGACCAGGGAAGAGGAUGAAAAACUAAAGAAGCUGGUGGAACAGAAUGGAACAGAUGACUGGAAAGUUAUUGCCAAUUAUCUUCCGAAUCGAACAGAUGUGCAGUGCCAACACCGAUGGCAGAAAGUACUAAACCCUGAACUUAUCAAGGGUCCUUGGACCAAGGAAGAAGAUCAGAGAGUGAUAGAGCUUGUACAGAAAUACGGUCCGAAACGUUGGUCUGUUAUUGCCAAGCACUUAAAAGGGAGAAUUGGAAAACAAUGUAGGGAGAGGUGGCAUAACCACUUGAAUCCAGAAGUUAAGAAAACCUCCUGGACAGAAGAGGAAGACAGAAUUAUUUACCAGGCACACAAGAGACUGGGGAACAGAUGGGCAGAAAUCGCAAAGCUACUGCCUGGACGAACUGAUAAUGCUAUCAAGAACCACUGGAAUUCUACAAUGCGACGGAAGGUCGAACAGGAAGGUUAUCUGCAGGAGUCUUCUAAAGCCGGCCAACCAACAGCGGCCACAAGUUUCCAGAAGAACAGUCAUUUGAUGGGUUUUACUCAUACUCCACCUUCAGCUCAACUCCCUCCAACUGGCCAGCCCCCAGUAAACAAUGACUAUUCCUAUUACCACAUUUCUGAAGCACAAAAUGUCUCCAGUCAUGUUCCGUAUCCUGUGGCGUUACAUGUAAAUAUAGUCAAUGUCCCUCAACCAGCUGCUGCAGCCAUUCAGAGACACUAUAAUGAUGAAGAUCCUGAGAAAGAAAAGCGAAUAAAGGAAUUAGAGUUGCUCCUAAUGUCUACUGAGAAUGAGCUAAAAGGACAGCAGGCGCUACCAACACAGAACCACUCAUGCAGCUACCCCGGGUGGCACAGCACCACCAUUGCCGACCACACCAGACCUCAUGGAGACAGUGCACCUGUUUCCUGUUUGGGAGAACACCACUCCACUCCAUCUCUACCAGUGGAUCCUGGCUCCCUACCUGAAGAAAGUGCCUCACCAGCAAGGUGCAUGAUCGUCCACCAGGGCACCAUUCUGGAUAAUGUUAAGAACCUCUUAGAAUUUGCAGAAACUCUCCAAUUUAUAGAUUCUGAUUCUUCAUCACGGUGUGAUCUCAGCAGUUUUGAAUUCUUUGAAGAAGCAGACCUUUCACGUAGCCAACAUCACACAGGCAAAGCCCUCAAGCUUCAGCAAAGAGGGGGCAAUGUGAAUAGACCUGCAGGAGAGCCUAGCCCGAGGGUGAACAAACGCUUGUUGAGUGAGGGUUCACCUGACCCACCCAAGGCCUCACCUCCCGCGAGGCACAGCACAAUUCCACUGGUCAUCCUCCGAAAAAAGCGGGGCCAGGCCAGCCCCUUAGCGACAGGAGACUCUAGCUUCAUAUUUGCUGACGCCAGCAGUUCAACUCCCAAGCGUUCCCCUGUCAAAAGCCUACCCUUCUCUCCCUCGAAGUUCUUAAACACUUCCAGUAACCAUGAAAACUUAGACUUGGAAAUACCUUCUUUAACGUCCAGCCCUCUCAAUGGCCACAAAUUGACUGUUACAGCACCAUUUCAUAGAGACCAGACUAUGAAAACGCAAAAGGAAAAUACCAUUUUUAGAACUCCAGCUAUUAAAAGGUCAAUCUUAGAAAGCUCUCCAAGAACUCCUACACCAUUCAAACAUGCACUUGCAGCUCAAGAAAUUAAAUAUGGUCCCUUGAAGAUGCUACCUCAGACACCCUCUCAUCUAGUAGAAGACCUACAGGAUGUGAUCAAACAAGAAUCUGAUGAAUCUGGAAUUGUUGCUGAAUUUCAAGAAAAUGGACCACCCUUACUGAAGAAAAUCAAACAAGAGGUGGAAUCACCAACUGAUAAAGCAGGGAACUUCUUCUGCUCAAACCACUGGGAAGGGGACAGUCUGAAUACUCAACUGUUCACACAGGCGUCACCUGUGGCAGAUGCCCCAAAUAUUCUUACAAGUUCCGUUUUAAUGACGCCGGUAUCAGAAGAUGAAGACAAUGUUCUCAAAGCAUUUACAGUACCUAAAAACAGGUCCCUGGCGAGUACCUUGCAGCCUUGUAGCGGUGCCUGGGAACCUGCAUCCUGUGGAAAGACCGAGGAUCAGAUGACAGCUUCGGGUCAGACUCGUAAAUAUGUGAAUGCAUUCUCAGCCCGAACUCUGGUCAUGUGA